GGUGCCUGGGUAGAGCUUUCUGUUGGUAAAUAGAGAUAAAAUUGAGUUAUUACACGUGUGUCUUUGAUGGCAUUUAAACUGAAGAUCAGAAAGAGUAUACCAUGGGAAGAGAUGGAGGUGUUGCAUUCCAAUGAAAUGUGACAUUAAAUGCCAAGGACUUGAGGCAGGAAUUAAGAUGAAGAAUUCAAAGAUGAGAAAGAAGAAUCACAAUGAGGAGAUAGGAAAGUGGCCAGUGAUAGGCACGGACUAGCUCACAUCCAGCCUUGUAGACCAUGUCUUGAUACAUCGUCAAAGGCAUAGCGUUUCCAAGAUGGUUUGUCAGACACCUCUUUAUCCUUGUUCUAUAUACGUUCAGGUGCCCAACAGACAUUUUGCUGCUGCUGCAAAGCCUGCAAAGAAAACAAAAAAAGGUGCCAAAGAAAAAACAUCAGAUGAAAAAAAAGAUGAGGUAGAAAAAAUAAAGUCAUACCCCUAUAUGGAAGGUGAACCUGAGGAUGAUGUCUACUUAAGACACUUAUAUCCAAGGCAGAUAUAUGAGGUGGAGAAAGCUAUUCACUUACUUAAGAAAUUUCAAAUUCUGGACUUUACUAAUCCAAAGCAAGGUGUUUAUCUUGAUUUGACACUGGAUAUGGCACUGGGAAAGAAGAAAAAAGUGGAACCAUUUGCCAGUGUUAUUAGUUUUCCAUACCCAUUCAUUUCAGAAGUUAAUAAAGUUGCUGUAUUUACAGGGAAUGCUUCAGAGAUUAAAAUAGCAGAGGAAAAUGGAGCUGCAUUUGCAGGAGGAACUGAUCUUAUUCAGAAGAUUUUGGAUGAUGAAAUUCAAUCAGACUUUUAUGUAGCUGUUCCAGAAAUAAUGCCUGAGCUUAAUCCAUUAAGGAAGAAACUGAAAAAAAGGUUUCCAAGGCUUAAUCGAAAUUCCAUUGGCCGUGACAUUCCCAAAAUGCUUGAAUUAUUUAAAACUGGACUUGAAAUUAAAGUAGAUGAAGAAAAGGAGAACUUUCUUAAGACCAAAAUAGCAAUGCUGGAUAUGUCAAGUGACCAGAUAGCUGCCAAUAUCCAGGCAGUUAUCAAUGAAGUUUGUAAACAUAGACCACUAAAUUUGGGACCCUUUGUGAUACGGGCUUUCCUUCGAAGUUCAACAAGUGAAGGUUUGUUACUAAAGAUGGAGCCGCUGUUGCCUAAAGAAGCAGAAACUAAAGGAAAUAAUAAAGUACCUGCCUAACAGUGCUGCAUUGUGAAGUUAUUAUUGGUAAUUAAAAAGCAACAGAGAGGGCCUCCCCUGUGGCGCAGCGGUUGAGCUCUGGGUUGCGAAGCUGCCCGCAGCCUCUGCAGCACUGGUUUGAUCCCCAGCUGCUCCCCGGCCACCGGAGGAGGGUCCCAUAUGGCGCGGAGACCUCUCCUGCCGCCCACUGCUCCCCUCAGGAGUGUACUUCUGUCCUUCUGUCUGCUCUGCUCCCCGCUCUGGCUCUGGUGAAUUCCCUCACCCUCCUGUGCUUCUGACUGUAUCCAGUGCUUGUAUAAAUAAAUAAAAAUAAAUCUUUUUAAAAAAUAAAUAAAUAAUAAAAAGCA